UGAUCUCCUUCCUCCCUCUUGCUCAGCCAUGCCAUUUUGGGAUCUCCAAGCUAAGCUGGGAAUCGAUGCGGACAAAUGGAUGCUGCAUCAGAGCUCAGAGCAGCCCCACAAACGACCAUCUUCGUGCCAUGCCUUUGAGAAGGAAUGGAUUGAGUGUGCUGAUGGCAUUGGGCAGAUUCGUGCAAACAGGGAAUGCAAACCGGAACUUGAAGACUUGCACGAGUGUAUUAAUAGGUUCAAAAUGAUAAUGCGACUGAAGACAAUUGUGGCGCAGAAGAAGAAGCUAAUGAAGGAAGGGAAAUAUACACCGCCUGAGUACCACAGUGGCAAAGAGGAGGCCAGGCCUUGAUCAGCUGUUGGUGACGCUGUCUCCCUGCCAGCAGAGCUAACCAUCCACCACCUUUUGUGUGUGUGUUGCAGGCAUGAAACAGUUCAGUAAAAGUUAGCCCAGUUAUGCCCCAUGUGGAAUUGUUCUGUUGCUGGCUGUGUUUCUUGCAGGCCAGCCCUGGUGCCAGUGUCUGUAAUGGAUCAGUUCAGAAAUUAAAUUAAAUAUCUCCUUUGGAACCUU